AUGAUCGGAGACUACAGAGUAAACAGCGCCGAAAACGCCAAAUUAAUUGCGAGAGCCAAAUUUAUUUUUCUCUACAAUGUCCGAACAACUCAUAAACGAACAGCUCAAAUCUGUUCGAAACGAAAUCGAAGAGACAAAAAAAGAAAUAGAGGAGAUAAAAAAAAAGAAAAUAAUAUCUCCGACAACAUUCUCGUCUCCCUCUACAACAUACUCCUAGAGCUCCACAAAAAGGAAACAGAGCUCCACAAAAAGAACAACCUGCUGCAGCAACGUUCGCAGGAAGUGGGUUCUUCGGAAAUUGUAAAAGAUUUAGCUCAAAUAAAAGAUGCCUUGCAUGCAAGUACCAUUCAUGUGCCAUUUCCUACAACCACCACAAACACACAGGUUUUUCAAGAGAACUUAGGUCGCACUCAAUUAAUGGAUGCUUCUGCUUUUCAGCAGAAUAGUGACUACAAUACAAAUUUAUGGAAGGCGGUAAAAAGUUGUGGUUGGGAGUGGGCUGUUGAUGUGAAUUCUGCAGAGGAUAGGCUUCAUGACAACUUUGGAAAGCUUCUCGGAACAAUCCUUGAUACGCUUAUGGGCAAGUUCUGGGAAAGUUGCAAGGUCAAUAAAAUUCUAUACAAUGAUAAAAUGAAUGCGAAGCACAGAUUCGCGCCGGGCCCAGACCCUCUAUGCGAUGACGUGAGGCGUUUCCCCGACUUUGUUCUUGAUCGUCUAAAGAAGUAUGACUAUGCCAUCUUUAAUUGGCAAACAAUGACUUUACCCAUUGAAAUCGAAAAGAACAUAAUCGUUAAUAGGAACAAUACGACUGAUUUUCAUUUGGAUAAUCUCAAUACACAUGCAAAAUCAGGUUUGGGUCAGCAACAAGAAUGGGCAGUUAUACGGUUUAGAUAUCAGGAUGUCAUGGAGUAUGAAAGUUUUGUCACAGACAGCGUGAACAUCAUAUUUAUCAAGGCAGUCAGAAGCCGUAGCUACGAACUUCAUACCUUUACAGUCAGUCCUCCUUUUGCAUUAGUGGAAAACAGUCAGCCGACCGACGCAUUUAAGAAUAUGGUCAGAAUUAUUGGUGAUAGUCUUUUAUUAUUGAAAGCAAAAUCAAUGAAGGCAGCAGAAAAGAGCGAUGACGAGUUCAAUCCUAGUGGACAUUGGACUGGACGAUACGUGAUUAUUGAUGAGAAAGAUUUCUUUGUCAGAGAAGUCAUCUGUUUCAACGUCCCUGAUUUUGUGUAUGCCGCGUGGAGCAAUGAAAGCGGAAAUGUUGUUAUUAAAACAGCGCAGAGCAAGUAUAGGUUCGAUGAACAUAAGAAUGAACAAAAGAUCCUUCAAGAACUGAGUAAACGUACCCUCAGCGUUCCAAAAGUCAUUGCAGCUGGAUAUAUUGGUGAUGCAUUUGCGCUCGUCCUAACACCCCUCGGAAAAUCAUUUAAUCAUGUAAGGCCAAUAUCCAAGGAGAAAGCAAAAAAAGUUUGGAAGGAUUGUAUUUCAGACCUAAAACAACUUCACGAAACGGGGAUCGUGCACGGAGACAUUCGACCUACUAAUAUAAUACUUUAUGAGGGAAACUACAGGCUGAUAGAUUUUGGUCUUGCGGGCAGUCGCGAACAAAGACGGUGGAGAGGAGCAGAUAAUGUGUAUGGAUCCAUUCGUGCAUUGGAGGGACAUAAUUAUGAGGCGUGGGAUGACGUGGAAUCAUUAGUUUAUACUGUGGAGUCGCUGAAACGGCCUCGAUGGCAGCUACCGUGGUAUAGAGAUACUGAUCUUGAGAGAAUUGUUAAAUUAAAGGCAGCAUUCUUAAACAGCGUCGCUUCCAGCUAUGAACUGAAUUCUUGGAUUGAGUGGCAAGAUAAUGAUAUCAAAGAGUAG